GGGGCAGACCUUGGUGAUCGAGCGUAGAUUGAGGGAGCUAGGGGUAAAUGCGUGCGCAGGCGCAAACGUCAAAGAGAGCGCCGAGCGGUCGAUUGGGAGCGCGGCACCGCGGGUCCCCCCGACCGGCAAAGCGAGCGCAGGUCUCUGCUGUGGCCACCUGAGCCCUACAAGAUGUUUCACGGGAUCCCAGCCACUCCAGGCAUGGGAGCCCCUGGAAACAAGCCGGAGUUAUAUGAGGAGGUGAAGCUGUACAAGAACGCCCGGGAACGGGAGAAAUAUGACAACAUGGCGGAGCUGUUUGCGGUUGUGAAGACAAUGCAGGCUCUGGAGAAGGCAUACAUCAAGGACUGCGUCACCCCCAACGAGUACACUGCAGCCUGUUCUCGGCUCCUGGUCCAGUACAAAGCCGCCUUCCGGCAGGUUCAGGGCGCAGAAAUCAGCUCCAUUGAUGAAUUCUGCCGCAAGUUCCGUCUGGACUGCCCACUCGCCAUGGAGAGGAUCAAAGAGGACCGUCCUAUCACCAUCAAAGAUGACAAGGGCAACCUGAACCGCUGCAUUGCAGAUGUGGUCUCGCUCUUCAUCACGGUUAUGGACAAACUGCGCCUGGAGAUCCGUGCCAUGGAUGAGAUCCAGCCUGAUCUGCGGGAGCUGAUGGAGACCAUGCACCGCAUGAGCCACCUGCCCCCCGACUUCGAGGGCCGCCAGACCGUCAGCCAGUGGCUGCAGACCCUGAGCGGCAUGUCGGCCUCUGAUGAGCUAGAUGACUCCCAGGUGCGCCAGAUGCUCUUUGACCUGGAGUCGGCCUACAACGCCUUCAACCGCUUCCUGCAUGCCUGAGGCCCCUGUCCCGGGGUCUGGGGAGGAAGGCUCUCCGGUGGGCCCGGUGGAGGGGCUGCAGCUGCGCUCCACGCUCGACCCCUGGAUGGUCUGCAUGCGCCUUGCUGCUCAUAGCAGCUCCUCCGUCUGUGUGUCUGUCCACCCCAGAGCUCUCUCCCUGCCCUCCCCACAAUAAAGAUGCUUUCUCACCCCCCA